AUCGUGUGGAUACAUGCAUGUGCACAGUUAGAUGGCAAUGCAGAUCUCUUGUGGGUCAAUUCGGGUUGCCUUGGCCGCCGAAUAUGAGUCGAAAUCCGUCAUUCUUAGUUUGUCUAGUCUGCUAGCCUGUAGUACGAGACAUCCAACUUCACCCCACCGCUCCAUGUCCUCACAUAUAAAAGGUUAGCCUCAAGACGUAGAAUUAGGAUUCUAAUUAAACGAACGAAACACGACAAACACCCAUUCACGUGCAGCCACAUUAGAAUAUAAUCAAUUACCAUGGAACCCGCCGAUUUCGCACUCGGUCUCGACGUCCUGGGCGAGCAGCCGAUGCUGCUCAAAUUGUACACGCAAAUCAGCAACAUCUACCAGCUCCCCGACGACAUCUCACACGAUGUGAUCGUGAAAACUUUAAAGGAUGGAUUGCACCGACUAUCUGCCAGCUUCCCCUGGAUAGCAGGGCAAGUGGUCAACCAGACCCCGGAAUCAACGACACCAACGUACAGAAUCGUGCCCCUGGAGCCAGCACCCAGACUGGUCGUCCGCGAUCUAAGUUCCAAACUAUCCUUUGAAGAGAUGGAAAGGGCCAAUUUCCCCUUCUCGAUGCUCGACGAGGAUGACAUCGCACCGUGUAGGACUUUUGCUGGGUUCCCCUCCAGCACCACGGAUGCGUCCGCUGAUGGCAAUGAGGCGCCUGUCUUCCUCGUGCAGAUCAAUUUCAUCUCAGGGGGACUCUUCUUGACGUUCAAUGCUCAGCACAACGUCAUGGACAUGACGGGGCAGGGACAGAUGAUCGAGCUGUUGGACAAGGCGUGUCGAGGGGAGGAGUUCACCGAGGAAGAGCUUAGGAUUGGAAAUAUGGCCAGGGAGAACGUGGUUGAGCUUCUGGGAGAGGAUUAUGUUCCCGGGGACGAACUGAAAUAUCAGCUAUCACCACCUCCAGAUUCGACAUCUUCAAACUCUGAUCCCCCUCCGCCUCAAGAACCUCCCAGCUGCAAAUGGACAUACUUCAACGUCCCGCCCGCCUCCCUCAAGACCAUCAAAGACCUCGCAACAUCCACACUUCCCCCAACCUCAACCUCAACCUCAAACCCACAAUUCAUAUCCACAGACGACGCCCUAACCUCGCACGUCUACCUCUCCAUCCUGCGCGCCCGUCUCCCCCGUCUCCCCAACAACACCUCAAAAACAACAACCACCCUCGCCCGCGCCGUCGACGCCCGCCCCUUCCUCUCCCUCCCCUCAACCUAUCCCGGACUCCUACAAAACAUGACCUACCACACGAACCCGCUCUCGUCCCUCCCCUCCCUCCCCCUCGGCCACCUCGCCUCCUCCCUCCGCACCGCAAUCCACCCCUCGACAACCGACAUCCCGCACCGCAGCCGCGCCCUCGCCACCUACCUCCGGCGCCCGCCUCCGGACGCCCGCCCCGCGAACUUCACGGCUACCCUCGACCCCGCGGGCCCGGACUUCAUGAUCUCAUCGUGGUGUAAGAUCCCGCUGUACGCGCUGGACUUCGGACUCGGGGUCGGCGUGCCGAGGGCGGUCAGGAGGCCUAGGUUCGAGCCGGCGGUGGAGGGGCUGUGCUAUUUGAUGCCUAAGGGGGCCGAUGGGGGCGUGGUUGUUGGGGUGGGUAUUCGUGAGGACGAUUUGAAGGUCUUGAGGGAACUGGAAGGGUGGAAGGACGUGGUCGUUGAACUUGGUUAAACUCCGCCAUCGGCGUGUAUAUAUUACUAUCAUCUAUCUAGACGCUCACGAAUCUAUCAAUCUACGACGCCUUCCUCCCCGACCCAACCGUAGCCCUAAACCACAUC